AUGGACGAGCCCAUUGCUAUCAUCGGCGUGGAUGCCAGGCUUCCUGGUGAGGGAGACACGGCCGAGAGCUUCUACGAAUCACUCCUGGCAGGAAGAACGGCUAGGUCUGAGAUUCCUCCAGAGAGAUUCACGAUCGACUCGUUUUGGCAUCCUGAAGCUGAGAGGAGUGGCUCUACCCGAGCAAGACAUGCACACUUCCUCAGGGGCAGCAUAUCAGCCUUUGAUGCCCCCUUUUUCUCCAUCACGCCGGCCGAGGCCAAUGGGAUGGACCCUCAGCAGAGAGGGAUGUUGGAGUCUGUCUACAAGGCACUUGAGAAUGCUGGCAUUCCCAUCCCAAAGGCUGCGGGAUCUCAGACCGGCGUCUAUGUCGGCUGUUUCGCCUAUGAUUAUAAUGACAUAAUUGUAAAGGACUUGGACCUUCCGUCCAAGUACGCCGCCACUGGUACAGUGGCUAGUAUGCUCAGCAACCGGGUGUCAUGGUUCUUUGACUUCCGAGGCCCAAGUAUAACUGUCGAUACGGCUUGCUCUAGCAGUCUCGUAGCGGCCCAUGAGGCGUGCAUGAGCUUGAAGCUUCGUGAGAUUGACAUGGCUGUUGUUGGUGGUUGUAAUCUCAUGCUCUCCCCUGAGAUGACCCUGAAGCUGGAUGCAGCUGGCGUUCUCGGCCCCGAUGGGAAGUCGUACAGUUUCGAUCACCGAGGCAACGGCUAUGCUCGUGGAGAGGGGUUCGGCACCUUGGUGUUAAAGCGCGUCUCUGAUGCAGUCCGUGACGGCGACGUUAUUCGCGCUGUCAUACGAAAUUCCUCUACGAACCAGGAUGGCAAAUCUCCCGGUAUCACGCAGCCGACUAAGGCUGGCCAGGCUGCACUCAUCAGACACGUUUACAAAAGGGCGGGGCUCGACCCCUCUGUGACUCGGUUUUUUGAAGCACACGGAACGGGCACUCAAGUAGGCGAUCCUAUUGAAGCCAGUGCAAUCGCCGAAAUCUUUGCGCCUCAUCGGUCGCCAGACGAGCCGCUCUAUGUGGGCGCACUGAAGAGUAAUGUGGGACAUCUUGAGGGCGCGGCCGGGGUUGCAGCAAUUAUCAAAGGAGUUUUCACGCUCGAGAAGGGCGUCAUUCCACCAAAUAUAUGGUUUGAAAAGGCCAAUCCCAAGAUAAAGGCUUCAUGGCACUUGAAAUUUCCCACCGAGGCAACACCAUGGCCCCAAACUGGCCUUCGUCGCAUGUCGAUCAAUUCCUUUGGCAUUGGUGGCAGCAAUGCUCACGUAGUGAUGGAUGAUGCGUUGCAUUUCCUACAACAGUAUCGGCUGGUUGGCAACCAUCGAACUGUCGUCAGUUCAGCCUCGCGGGGCAUCCAACAUCAACCACGCAUGAAUGGACAUUCCAAUGGAGGCCAUCGUCGAGCAGAUAGCGGAAUUGACAUGAGCGUGAAUGGGAUCGCUGAUGCAGCCCCCAGUCAAUUAUUUGUGAUGUCCACCAAUGAUCAAGAAGGCGUAAUCCGGAUGCGAGACUCGCUCGAGGCAUACCUGGCGUCAAAGUCUCUCAAGAACUCAGUUGCUGAUGAGGAGCGUUUACUCAGAGAUCUCAGUCACACGCUAGCUGCCAAGAGGACUCAUCAUGCAUGGCGGGCUUUCACUAUCGCAGACUGCCCUGACGCUCUGCAAAAGACGCUGAAGGGGAUGCCAAGCGCGACGAGGAUCAAGUCCCAGCCUCGUUUGGCUUUUAUUUUCACUGGACAAGGUGCCCAAUGGCCAGCAAUGGGCAUCGAGCUCAUGGCAUACCCGGUCUUCCAACAAAGCAUCCUAUCUGCUGACAGAUACUUGAACGAUCUCGGCUGUUCCUGGUCCCUGUCUUUCGAGCUUUCCAAGCACGCAGGCUCAUCACGUGUUGAUGAUCCUGAAUUUUGUCAACCAAUCUGCACCGCUCUUCAAGUUGCACUUGUGGACCUCCUGGCUAGUUGGGGCAUAUUCCCCCACGCAAUCACAGGCCAUUCUUCAGGAGAGGUCGCAGGCGCCUAUGCCGCCGGAGCAAUAUCGAGAGAGGCAGCUUGGAAGGUUGCCCACUUUAGGGGAAAGCUGAGCUCAAAAUUGAUCCGAUCCGGGUCCCUGCCUCAGACAACCAUGGCUGCGGUGGGCCUGGACACUAAAGCCACGUGGGCCGCUAUUGAACGCGUAAACCAGAUGGGUGGUAAGGGAACCUUGGAGAUCGCCUGCAUGAACAGUUGGCAGAGCCAUACUGUUAGCGGAGAUGCCGAAAAGAUCAAUACGCUUGUCGAGAUGCUCAACCAGGAGAAAGUCUUCGCGCGAAAGCUCAACGUUGAGAUUGCCUACCAUUCCCAGUACAUGAAGGCUAUUGCGGACGAGUAUCUCGAAGCGAUGGGCGAACUGGAACCUGGAAAAGCUCAAGAUCAAUUCAAGGCGACAUUUUUCUCUUCGACCCGUGGCUCCUCCAUCUCUUUGGCUGAACUCCGAAAGCCGUCUUAUUGGGUUGCCAACCUUGUGUCCCCUGUACGAUUCUGCGAAUCUGUUACGGAGCUCCUCAAAGACUCAGUUGACGAGCCGAAGACCAAUGGAUAUGCAAAGACCAAGUCGGCUCCUUCGGCAGUCAUCACGGACAUACUCGAGAUUGGCCCUCACGCUGCCCUUAAAGGGCCUUUAGCCAACAUCUCAAAACAAAUUUCAGGCAGAGAUGCUAUUACCUAUCAUUCGCUUCUUAGGCGCAAAUCAUCUGCUGUGCAGACUACCCUGGAGGCAGCUGGUUCACUGUUCUGUCAGGGCUACGAGGUCAACUUGUCCGCAGUCAAUGAGGCUUGUGGAUCAGAUGGCCGCAAACCAGUAAUGCUAAUUGACCUGCCGAGUUACCCAUUCAACCAUUCGAAAGAGUACUGGCUCGAGAGCCGACUGAGCAAGAGUUUCCGCCUACGCUCAGCAGGCCGUCAUGAUCUUCUCGGUGUACCGAUAGCAGACUGGAACAAGAGUAACGCAACUUGGCGAAAUUAUAUUCGAUUGUCUGAGAACCCGUGGAUCGAGGACCACAAGGUGGCUGGUGAUGUGCUCUACCCUGCCGCGGGUAUGCUCGUCAUGGCUAUCGAAGCCAGUCGACAGAUCGCUGAUGGUGGCAAGAUAUUGAAGGGCUUCAGGUUCAAGGAUGUCUCGUUCCAUUUGGCAUUACGUGUUCCUGAUGACUCCCAAGGCGUUGAAACACAUUUCUACCUCAGGCCAUACCGAGAGACCAGUUCUCCAAGCCCAUCAACUUGGAAUGAGUUUCAACUUUGGUCGUUCAAUGAUGGUGAAUGGAGAGAGCAUUGCCGCGGACUGACACAGACUGAGUAUGAGGAUGAACAGACUUCUAAUGAUCUCAUGGUGCACGAACAGUGCAGCAAACUUGUUCACGACGCUCAAAAAACCUGCACCUCCGACAUAGCAGCCGACAAGGUGUACCACAAACUGAGGCAAUCUGGGCUGGACUUCGGUCCUACUUUCCGGACCUUGGACAACAUUCAGCUCGGCCAAGAUUCCACACUGCUCGCACAGAUCAACUCGCCGUUGUCAAAAAUCCGGGAGAUAAUGCCAAGUCACUAUGUACAACCUCACUUGGUUCACCCCGCCAUGCUGGAUGGUGUCGUGCACGCGAACAUCGCACCGCUGGUGUCAAACUCCGCCGGCACUGAACAGCCCAGAGUGCCGGUAUAUGCUGAGAGCCUCUGGAUAUCAGCUCGCCCGGAAUCUCACGACGCCUACAUGGUGAUGACGGCUCAGCCCUCGGCCCGUGGCAGGAGCGAGACCGAGUCAUCCUUCACAGCCGUCAGCUCUACAACUAAACUUCCUUCAGUCUAUGCUUCCGGUUUGAUUUUCAAGACCCUUCCAGUCGGUGCAUCCCAGGACGCUGCUGAGUCACUGCACGAUGCUUUCAAUGUUGAGUGGAAGCCAGACCCGACGCUCCUGAGCGAGGUACAAGCCUCGAAGGUGUUCGGUGUGCCCAUGGCCGCUGAAGACAACCCCUCAGACUGGAUGGAGAAUUGUGAGGCAUUGUGUCUUGCGUAUAUUCGCCGAUUCCUCGCUUCCGUCACGGAAGACCGCAUCGGCCGUAUGGAGGAGCACCACAUGAAGUAUGUCUCAUGGAUGGAGCACAUCUCCCGCCAGACCACUGACAGGACUGUUUCUGGAAUCGAGGAGCUCGAGGAGAAAGUCAGGUCCAGGGCUACACCUGAAGGCGUUCUUAUCAUCGCAGUGGGCCAAGCACUGGACGAGAUGCUGGGAGGUCCUCUGAAUCCGCUCGACGUCAUUUUCAAGGACAAGAUCGCCGAGAACGUAUAUCGCUACGGUCUAGGCUCUCAAAGGUGCUACGAGCAGCUCUGCGGAUAUGUCGAUGCUCUAGCACACAAGAACCCAGCCAUGCAGAUUCUCGAAAUUGGUGCAGGCACCGGUGGUGCGACAAGGCCUGUUAUGGAGACAUUGACCGCUCAAGGCAAGCGAUAUGAGAAUUAUUGCUUCACCGACAUCUCGCCUUCUUUCUUUGAGCAAGCAAAGGACACCAUCUUCAAAGAUCAGCUCGACAGCGCCGACUUCCGCGUGCUCAACGUUGAGAAUGAUCCUGUCGAGCAGGGCUUCGACGCCGGCCGGUACGACCUGAUCGUAGCUGCCAACGUGCUGCACGCGACGAAAAAGAUCGAUACUUCGCUGUCAAACACGAGAAAGCUGCUUAAGCCAGGAGGAAAACUCCUGCUUUUCGAAAUCACUAACAUCGAGGUACUGCUUAGCCAUUUCUGCUUCGGGACACUCCCUGGCUGGUGGCUAUCAGAGGACAAGGAUCGGAGAUGGGGCCCGCUGAUGUCUGCUGAGAGCUGGCGGCACCAUCUCUCGCAGUGUGGUUUCAAUGGACUUGACGCGGUCUUCCAGGACUUCCCGAAGUCUGCUCAUCAGAUGAGUUCCAUCCUGGUGUCAAGCGUGCCGGCAGCGAAUACGGUAAAGAGCACAACUGAGACGACGUACAUCGUGACCGAUGGACUAUCGGCACAACAAGUUGAUGUCGCCAGGCAAAUUUCAAAGGCCUUGGCCGCGAACAGCUCGGCAUGUGAUAUCACAUCUUUGAUGGCACUGGGCGAGAAAGACUUGAAUGGUUCUAUUUGCCUUGUUCUUGCCGAACUCAAGUCUUCCCUCUUCCAAGAUAUGACGGAAACUGUGUUCACAUCGAUAAAGCGGAUGACGAGCCAAUGCAAAUCAUUGUUGUGGGUGACCAAGGGUGGAGACUCACUCGCACCAGCGCCUGAUAUGGAGCUUGUCUCUGGACUAGCCAGAGUUGCUCGCUCUGAGAGGCCCGACUUCCAGUUCAUAGCACUUUCGUUCGAGCAGAACGAAGCUCCGGGUGUUAUUGUAGAGCAAUGCAUACGAACCCUCAGUGCCUCGGAAGAUGACAAGGAGAACUCCUUCAGGGUCACUGGUGGCGUGCCGCAUGUUCCACGGCUUGUUAAGGCCGACUACCUCGCGGAUCAUAUUCGAUCUCAGACCGCUUCUCUGGACGUGGUCCAGGAUGUCUUCGGAGAAGUGGCUUCGCGAUCCCUGACUCUACAGGUUGGCACUCCAGGCCAGCUUGAGUCUCUAAGAUUUGAAGACGACCUGGUGCAUGAAACACCACUUGCUGAUGAUGAAGUUGAGUUUAAGUCUAUGGCUUGUGGCUUGGUUCCCCUCGACCUAGCAUUGGCAAAGGGGAAGACCAAAGAAGCCCCCUUAGGUCUUGAGGCAUCUGGCAUUGUGACCAGGGUUGGGUCUGCCUCCAAGUUCCAGGCCGGAGACCGUGUCUUUGGUGUGGCGUUGACCGGUGCGCUCAAGACACAUGUUAGGUCUUCAGACGGCUUUGUAGCCAAGUUACCUGAUCGCCUAUCUUGGGCUGAGGCUGCGGCCAUCCCAGUCGCCUACACCACGGCAUAUGCAGCCCUUCAUGAGAUGGGAAGUAUCCGAAAGGGUGAUAAGGUACUUGUGCACGCAGGUGCGAGUAGCCUUGGUCAGGCUGCCGUCCAGCUUGCUCAGCUUGCCGGGGCCGAAGUCUUCGUCACGAUUGAUGACGAGGGUCAGCGUUCCUUCUUCGCAACGGCGUACAGCGUUCCGCAAGACCACAUUCUCUCGGCCCAGGACGCAUCAUUCAAAAUCGCUGUCCAUCAGAUGACUAAAGGCCGUGGUGUUGACACUGUACUGAACACUCUCGGGAGCGAAUUGCUUGCAGAGACCGUGGCUUGCGUCGCUCCUUUUGGUCGGUUGGUGGACCUCAGUCCAGCAGGCGACAGCGUCAACACACGCAUCUCUUUGAGUGACCUACAAGAGAAGAAUAUUCGCUAUGAGACUUUUGACCUCAAGUACCGAGCACUGUAUGACCCUGUGCGGACGCAGCGCAGCUUCCAGGGGAUGGUUGAGCAAUUGCUCCUGAGGGGGCCAGAGUCGACAAUUCGACGGACACCGAUUUCCACUUAUGCAUUCUCUCAGAUUACAGACGCGUUUCGUCAGAUGCAGUCUGGAACUCAGAUUGACAAGCUGGUUCUAGAGCCGCACGACCAGGACGUCGUCUCGGUCCUCUCAAGACGUACACCUGCUUGUCAGCUUGACCCAAAUGCGACCUAUGUGAUUGCUGGUGGUCUUGGUGGCCUUGGAAGGUCUGUAGCGCGAUGGAUGGCUGGCCGAGGAGCGAAGAACCUCAUUCUCCUGUCUAGGCGUGGCCCCGUACAGGAAGCUGCCAAGCAGCUCGUCAAGGAGCUUGAGCUUACCUGUGACAAAGUAGCCACGCCGGCUUGUGAUGUGACAGACAGCCAAGCCCUCAGGGACGUCAUUGACAAGUGUCUGACAACUAUGCCUCCCGUCAAAGGAUGCAUACAGGGUUCCAUGGUCCUCAAGGACAACCGUCUCGAGAAUAUGACACUUGAGGAGUGGAAUGACGCCGUUCGUCCCAAAGCCGACGCAUCGUGGAACCUUCACAAUGUCCUAGGCCGCGACUUAGGAUUCUUCAUCAUCCUAUCGUCAACUGUUGGCAUUACUGGCGGCCCAGAGCAAGCCAAUUACGCAGCAGGCAAUACCUUCCAAGAUGCCCUGGCCCGCCACCUGGCAGCGCGAGGCGCUCAUGCCGUGUCGCUAGACCUUCCCAUCAUCCGCGGCGUAGGUUACGUGGAAGAACGGCCAGAGCUUCUCGACCACCUUCGCUCCGUGGGCUGGGCUUUCAUGGAGGAGAACGAGUUCCAUGCGACCCUCGACUUCCACUGCCGGCCUGUGGAUGGCUCGGUACCUCUCAUCCGCUCGCAGGUGCUGCCCCGGUUCUGGCUCCCUCAACAAACCGCCACAGCUGGCCACGAGCUGCCGGCCUGGAGACUCGACCCCCUUUUCAGCCAUCUUGCCGUUUCGAGCUCCACGGCCGCGACAGCAGAGAGCACGACCGAUAACAAGAAGUCCAUCAACCACACCGCGCUGCUUACGGCUGCCAAGUCACCGGAGGAGGCCGAGGCGGUGGUUCUUGAGGCCCUCCUGCUCAAACUAUCUCGUGUCCUGAGCGUGGAUGUGUCAAACCUAGAUGCUGGGAAGCCGCUGCACGCCUAUGGUGUGGACUCACUGGUUGCGGUUGAGUUGCGGUCGUGGAUAGCGAAGGAGCUCAAGGCGGAGGUGUCUGUGUUCGACAUGACCAACGCGUCGAGCAUCUCGCAGGUGGCGACCACAGCGGCGGAGAAGAGCAAGCUGGUUGCGAAGGGCGAAGCGAAAUAA